AUGAUUCUCUUGUGGGUUACACUGCUUCUCAUUCAACAGGGAUAUACUCUGAUUCCAGUGAUCAGUGUUCAACCUGGUGAACCUGCAACCUUCACAUGUGCUUUACUCGAUAAAGAGGUUAACAAUCAAAGAGUCCAGUGGUUCAAGCAGAGUGCAGGAAAUACUAUGAAAUUUAUUGUAUCAGUGGAGACAAACAUAAAACCCCAGUACAGCCCAGACUUUUCCGAGUCUAGAAUAGCUGUACAUAUUGAUGGGAAAUUCAGCAAUUUAACGAUUUUGAGGACGAAUCCAGAAGAUGAGGGAAUGUAUCACUGUGGAAUACAAUGUUUUAUAAUAAUGAAUACUUGGAGUGGGACCUAUUUGUCACUGAAAGGGAAAACGGCAUCAGACUACACUGUUGUGCAGCGGUCGACAGUAUCUGAUCCAUUACGUCCAGGAGACUCCAUGUCUCUCCAGUGUUCACUUCUGUCUGACUCCGACAAUAAGACGUGUCCAGGAGAUCACAGUGUUUACUGGGUCAGAGUCGGAUCACAUGAAUCUGAUCCAGGCGUCAUUUACACUGAAAGAAACAGGCAAGAUGGAUGUAACAAUGACACUCAGUCCUCUCCAAAGAGCUGCCUUUACCACUUUUCUAAAACCAUCCACUCAUCUGAUGCUGGGACUUCCUACUAUUACUGUGCUGUGGCCACAUGUGGACGGAUAUUAUUUGGAAAUGGAGCGAAAAUACAAGUUGAGGAAAGAAUAACGUCUAGACUCAUCAUUAUGGUGAUAUCAAUAAUCUUGGCAAUUUCUCUGAUUGGAAACAUGGUUUUUAUCUGUUACAUCAGAGCACUACGCACAAAAUGUAAAGGAUUCAUGAAUGCCUCUUUGCAAGAAAGACAUGUCAACGCAAGUGAGCCAGAACAUGUCAUUGUAAGCUGA